AGAGAAAGUAGAUUUAGAACUUUCAAAAUGCGAAAGUGAGUAUUCCGAAUUGAGAGAGCAGUUCCAUGCAUUGACGGAUGCAAACGAGGAUCUGAAAUUUCAGCUACAUGAAAAAGAAAAUAUAAUUCUGGACCUCCGAAGAGACUCUAAAGAAGCGAUGGACCAAAACGAUCAGAAAAUAAGUGAUUUAUUGUCGGUACAAGAAAACCUAAUUAGGCAAAAGUCAGAUAUUACAAUUAAACUUGAAAAAGUUCAAAGAGAGUUGUGUGAGUUGCAAAGGGAAGUGAAGGUGCAAAAUAGUGAGAAUGUUGAACUGAGGAAUUCUAUUGAAGAAAAAGAGAAUCGCUUACUACAACACAAAGUGGAAUCAAAUGAGUAUGAAUCUAGAAUAGUUAAACUCCAACAGGAGUUAGAAAUUCAGAGAAGCUCGCACAAACUGCUGACUGAAAAACCAUUGAGUAGUGCAGAGGAUAGGAACACAGACUUUGAAAAACUUAAUAGUGAAAUUAAGAAACUACAGAAACUUUGUAAAGCAAAGGAUGCCAAGAUAUCUAAAAUGACACAAGAAAUGAACAACCAAGACCUGGGGGACAGAAAGGAUUUUGAAAAUAAAGUAGAAAAAUUGGAAACAACGUUAAAAGAGGUUAUUGACGAAAGAGAAAGUAUGCGAAUUGAAAAUCAAAAGUUGCAGAAAAUGUAUAAAGGCAGGGAAGUGAAACUAAAGAAAUUGGACGAAAUAGUAACAGAACAGGAGAAACUGCUGAGUCAGUACGAAGCAGAUAAACUUAUCUUAAGCGAAAGUGUGAAUGAACUGAAUGAAAAAGUAGAGGAUGCAAGAUAUGAGGAACAAAUUGCACAAAAGGAACUUCAGAAAUUUACUAUUCAGCGUCAGGAGCGGAUUGAUGAGAUAGAGGAACUUAGAAAGUUCAUUGCAAAGAAAGAGGAAGAAAUAAUAAAAUUUGAUGGAGAAUUGGUCCAUUUGAAAGAUUUGUUACAACAACAGAACACGGAAUUUAACAAACGCAACCAGAGCCAACAUGUGUUUUCUUCUCAGCUUGAGGAAGAAAAUACUGCCUUGAAAUCAAAAGUUGAAAAAAUGGAUGAAGAAAUCCAAAUCUUGAAAUCCAAAAUUGUUAGUCUCGAGGAAAGUCAUGAAAAGCAUGUGACAGAAUCUAAAAAAUUAAACAUGGUGACCAAAGGAAAAGAUACUAAAGUCAAGAAAAUGGAAGAGGUGUUAAAAAAGAAAGAAGAGGAACUAAAAUCAGUUCAUUAUCAACUCCAGGAAAUCAAGAAAUCAUAUGAAAGUAGCCUUGAGAAAGAAGAGGUUAAUGCUCAAGAAAUUCUGAAAUUACAAAAACUGGGAAAAGGGAAAGAGGCGAAAGCAAAGAAGUUUGAAGAUGUUAUAAAUAUGCAAGAAAAACUUCUUGCAGAUAAAGUAACAGAUGUUGUGAUCCUGCAGGGUAGUAUUUCUGAAAUGAAUUUAAAACUUGAGGAUCUUGGUGCUACUGAACAAAGUUUGAGAAGUGAUUUAGAAGAUCAUUUGAAAACGAUUACAGAAUUGAAGGUAAAAUGCUCAAAAUUGGAACAAAACGAACUUGAUCUCAGACAUGCUUUAGAAAUGAAAGAGGAGAUUCAAAAACUAAACAGAGAAUUGGAGACAAGUAAAGAAAGUUACAAUUUAUUGCUUCAGGAGAAGGAAGAAGUCGAAGAGCAAUGUCGCAAAAUUAAGCAUUCUUUAUUACAAACGGAAGAGAAGCUACACGAAUCAGAAAACGAAGUUCAACGACUAUCUGAAGAUCUUGAAAAGGUUAGAAAAGAAAAAGAAAACAUUAUUUAUGAAACUGAGAAAAUGAAAAAGGUCGGAAAAGGAAAAUUAACAAAGCUUGGUAAAUUCCAAGAAAUAGUUGAAAAGCAAGAGAGUAUUAUAUCGGAAAAAGAUACAGAUUUACUUAUGAUGAAAGAAAGGAUUAACGAUUUGUCUGAAAAACUCGGACAAAAAGAAGAAGAAUUACAAUUACUGCAGGGAGAUUUAGAAAGAAUGACUCGUUGGGAGGAGGUUUGUAAACAGCACGAGCGGACAAUCCAUGACAUACAUCAAAGUGUCGAAGAUAGAACCAGGGAAUUCACGGAAGGAAAUAUCGAAAGUGACAGGAAAAUUUCCAUCUUAGAAGAAAAAUGUUCUGCUCUUGAAAAUACUAUUGAAUUUUUGCAGCGUCAAGAGAAGGAUAUGGAACUUGAAAUCCAGUCACUAUCUGCAUCUUCUUCAGAGGCUGAUUACUGGAAAAACAGGUGUCAGAAGCUUGAGGAAGGAAAUGAAUCUCAUCUAAAAAGAAUCCCAAUCGUCAGCGAUUUGAUAGAACGUCAGGAAACUAAUCCGUCCUUAGCCAUCAAACCAAAGAUCCAAGAAGAUAGCACUGAAGACAAUGACCCCGAAUAUGAGGAUUUGAAUCCUAAACAGCUGAUAACAACAUUAGAUAAAAAACAAGCUUUAAUUCUUUCAAUGCAAGAUAACCAUCAAAAAGAACUCGCAGCUUUAAAUGCCAAAUUAUCCAAGAUGAAAACGCUAUGUAAAGCCAAAGAUGCUAAAAUUGCCAAACUUCAGAACAUGGAAAAAGACGAGCAAAAUAGAGGUGAUGAGAGUGGAAGCAGUAAUGCACGGGAAAGUACAGACAAUUUGUCCUUGAACUCUAGUGUGGUUGAUAAUGAAUGGAGAGAGAGAAUUAUGCAUUCUGAGGUAGUGAUGCAACUUGAAAGGCAAAUUGAAGAUUUGAAAGACGUUAUUCAAUCAAGAGACGAAGAAAUUGUUGAUGGAAGGGAUUUUGCCAUAAACCAGCAAGAAGAGUUACAUUCCUUAAGAGAAUUUCUAAAUGCCAAAGAAGAAGAUAUGUUUGGUCUUAAAGAGAGGGUAUAUGGUUGGGAGGAUUGGUAUGAUAAAGAAUUUAGAGGCAUUGAAUCUUCGCUGGCUGCAAUGGAAAAGUCUUCGAUAGAAAAAGACACAAUUAUUGCCAAUAUGAAGGAAGAACUUGAUUCUUUAAAAGAUAUAUCGAUGACUGAGGAGCCUAAGUUAUUAGAGGGUAAAGAGACUGACGUGUAAAAAUCUCUUGAACAA